CCAGACACCGCCCCCUAGACAGCUGCAGCUGCCCUGAAGGCACAGCCCACAUACAUACCUCUUUGCGCCUGAGCUCUGCCUCCCGCAACCCUGCCUCCCCCCGAGGCAAGACUACGGCUCCCCCGAUAAUCCCUGGCUGCCGCGUCAAAACUUGGCAGCCAGACUUGGGGAGUCCUCUCCACCCAACUCCCACAAUCCCCUCCCUCUUUCUUCUCUAGGGUGUGUGUUGGGGGGGUGGAGCAUCGGAUGCCUAGCUCUACUUUAAAAUUCGGCUCCGCGCUCCCCCGCCAGCAGAGCAAGGGUAGAAGCAGCUGCCUUCAAUGAACUCGACGCCUAAGGGACCCUCAGUGAAUUUUGCAGGUCCCUGGAGAGCUCUCCAGCCCGGUUCUCACUUGAACUGAGCCCUUGACAGACCCAGCUCCCGUCAGGGACCUGUCCUCACCCACCCACCUCUGCCCAGUCCCCUGGGGGCUGGUGCUCCAUACUUCUGGGCCCCAGAACCCUUCCUAGAGGGCCACGCAAGCCCUGUUCCCCAGCGGCAGCUUCCUCUAGCUUUAGCUAAGCUGACUUUGCAGUCAGUCCCAUUGGCUCGCCUCUGGCGGGUACGUCAGUCGGCACUCCUUUGCGCCCCUGACCUGCACGACCGCUGUGUCUGCCUUUGUUUCUCCGCUGUCCCACAACGCCUCUGAAUUUUAAAAUCCUAGUUGCAGCUGCAGCAUUUGAGCCCCGAGCCCAAGUAGAGGGGUCACUAUGCUUCAAAGCACCUUCCUGUUGUGCACCCUGGGGCUGCUGGCGCUGCUGCGCCCCUGCCGGGCAGAGCCCCUGGCAUGCCCCCCGCGCUGCGACGUCUCCAAGUGCCCCAGUCCCAGCUGCCCCGGGGGCUACGUGCCCGACCGUUGUAACUGCUGCCUGGUGUGCGCCGCAGCCGAGGGCGAUGCGUGCGGCAGAAAGGACGACCCCCCAUGCGGAGACAGCUUGGAGUGCGGCCACCCCGCGGGCAAGCGUUUCGCCAAGGGAGUGUGCCAGUGCAAGCUGACCUACCAGGUGUGCGGCAGCGACGGGCGAACCUACGACAACGUGUGCCGGCUGAAGGCUGCCAGCCGCAAAGCCCUGCAGCAGGGGCUGCCCGCUGUCAUCCAGAUCCAGAAGGGCGCCUGUGAAUCGGGUCACCAACAGUUCACCAGCCCGAGGUACAAGUUUAACUUCAUCGCGGAUGUGGUGGAAAAGAUUGCACCGGCCGUGGUUCACAUUGAACUAUUUCUGAGGCAUCCUCUCUUCGGUCGAAACGUGCCUUUGUCCAGUGGAUCUGGAUUUAUCAUUUCAGAAUCUGGCUUAAUUGUGACCAAUGCCCACGUAGUGUCAAGCACCAAUGCCAUUUCUGGACGACAGCAGCUGAAGGUUCAGCUGCAAAGUGGAGAUACCUAUGAGGCAACGAUCAAAGACAUUGACAAGAAGUCUGACAUUGCCACCAUCAAGAUCAAUCCCAAGAAAAAACUCCCUGUGUUACUGCUGGGUCACUCAGCAGACCUGAGGCCAGGAGAAUUUGUGGUGGCUAUUGGGAGUCCUUUUGCUUUACAAAACACAGUCACGACAGGAAUUGUCAGCACAGCACAGCGGGAUGGGAAGGAACUAGGUCUUAAGGAUUCUGACAUGGACUACAUUCAAACAGAUGCUAUCAUCAAUUAUGGAAACUCAGGAGGACCUCUAGUUAAUCUGGAUGGAGAAGUCAUUGGAAUAAACACACUAAAAGUUGCAGCUGGGAUCUCCUUUGCUAUUCCUUCAGAUCGUAUCACACGCUUCCUUACGGAGUCCUAUGACAAGCAAAAUAAAGAUGUGAAAAAGCGCUUCAUUGGCAUACGGAUGCGAACCAUUACACCAGUCCUGGUGGAAGAGCUAAAGGAUAACAAUCCUGAUUUUCCUGAUGUCAGCAGUGGGAUUUAUGUGCACGAAGUUGUCCCAAAUUCGCCAUCUCAGAGGGGUGGAAUCAAAGAUGGAGACAUCAUCGUUAAAGUAAAUGGUCGUCCCUUGAAGAACUCCAGUGAAUUGCAGGAAGCUGUGAUGAAGGAGUCACCCCUACUACUUGAAGUUCGAAGAGGAAAUGAUGAUUUGCUCUUUAAUAUUGAGCCUGAAGUGGUCAUGUAGAGGAAGGAGUCCCUAUAUGCUCUUGUCAACUUCUUGGAUUCUUGGAAUGUCCGUUACCUCUUCUUCAAACUAAUCCCAUUUCCUGUUGACUAACGACAAGGUGGCCUAACGUGUGUGAGCCUGAGCCAUUUCUGUACAGGGACAACCCAUUCUAAUGUCACAGAAUUAAAACGAUGGACCAAAUUUUGCCUUUAGUGGAGCCCCAAAUACCUCCUCUUAGAGUUGCUCCAGAGAAUAACAACCAAAGGCAAAAUUGGACCCAGUGGUUCUGAAUUUUAGUGCUUAGAGUAUUUUAAAAUUAUCUGUAGUAUUAGGGGGAAAAAAAGUAGAGUCACAAUAUUUUCCUCGUACAGAAGCUUCUGAGUGUCACCCAAGAGAGAACCAGAGUCUCCAGAAACCCUAUUGAGGGUGAGGGGGCCAUAUUCAAAAGGGGACAUCCCAUUAUAUUGGUUUAGAUCCAAAUCACUAUGCUGUAGAAUAAAGCUCUUUGGAUGGAAAGCUGUGCUUUUCAUGUCCUCUCGAAUGUGAAAUCAUAUUUGGCAACUGUCUCCACUUUGAGUUUUAUUAAUAUGGGGCCGUAAGUGGAGAGAUUUGUGGCAGAAUCAUAGAGCUAAUGGGACCUUGGAGAUGACUUAGUAUAAUGGCCUCAUUCCACAAAUGAGGAAGACAAGGCCCAGAGAGGGGAUGAUUUGCCCAAGGUCUCACAGCUAGUGGCAAAGUGGGGACCAGAACCUAGGUCAACCGACUCCUAAUUUAAUCCAUUUGCCACCAUGCAGUCUCACCCUUCUCCUGACCUCAGAAGGAGCAAAUGUGGUAAUUGGCUGCAGCAGCUGACACUUUGGUCAAGCAAUGCUGGAAGAGAGUAAAUGAUUCUUAUAGAAUUAAUGCCAUAUAUAUAAAAAAAACAUGCAGAUGAUGUGAAAAAAUAACAUGCCUUUUUUUUUUACAUUUGGGGUGUAGAUUAGUUUUACAUUAUAUUGGCAGGCUUUACUGUAAAAUGAAUACUCAGUGUAGCUUGUACUGUAUGUUUCUACUGUAAGAAAAUAUUAAAGUUUACAAGCAAAUUGUUCUUA